AUGAUCGUCGCAAUUGCUAUUGCGUGCGGAUGGGCAGACGACUCCGAAGUAGGGAUGUGCAUGGGUCCACAAUCGAUCCGAGACUGUUUAAUUAUCCGAUUGCUGGAAAAGAUAGCCAGCAAAAGCUAUCCAAAUUCUGAUGGCCCUUCGAUAAUUGCGUGCUUCUGGCAGUACAGCCCUGUCACAGGCUCACAUAAAGAGCUCGGUCUCAGUCUGGCGUUGGUUACUCCUCCCAUAUCCCUCGACCGUGUCACAGCAAGUCUAUACUUUUUCAAUGUCGUUGGAAUCUGGACAAACAAUUCUAAGCCAGGAAAUCAGCCUCAUGAAACAUUCGACAUCGUGCUGAAGCCAUAUGUUCCGAUAGCAAUGCCUAUAACUAUUGCUACACCUCCAUCAUGUGAAGCCGAGUUCAUCUGGGGAAAAAAAUUCUCCCUCGUUACUCUGGCCUUCCUCUUGAACCGAUACUUGUUGCUGAUCUUGAGCAUCACGGGUGCGCUUAACAUCUUCUGGAUCACUGCUCAUCCAACAGUUGCCGUGGCUCUGGCGCUGGAAUCGACAAUUGCAGGCUUCUCUGCUUUUCGUGCCUACGCCGUCACCGAUUACAAGUGGACGACUGCUACUUUGACGUUUUUUCUGGGUAUGGCUCCUGUCAUUACGAACAUUCCAGUGUGCAACUGGCAUUCGUACGUGUCACCGGCCACAGGAAAAAAAGUGGUCAUCGUGUCACGCGUCUUUCCUGUUCUAUCUUAUUGGAUUGUCUUCAUUGUUAUAUGGCGUCACACAUAUGGUAUCGUCCUGAAAGCAAGGGAGGCUCAGACGACUUCCUCGCUGGGGGGCUUCCUCAUACGAGACGGUACAGUCUGCUUUCUGUCACUGCUGGCUAUGAACGUUCUCGAAAUUAUCGUCGACCUUCUUGUCAUCACCGAGGACUCAGAGAAUGGGGCCAAUUAUGUCUCUGGUUUCCUUGUACCACAGAUUUCGACCAAGGCGCCAGAAACUCCCGCGGCUUCCAUCGAGCCCCUCGGAUUUGAUUUAAUUGGAUCACCGCGGGUGAACGGAUUCUCAUUAUCUCCGAGUCUAACCUCCACCAGGGAUCAGACAUGGAAGAAGAAAUGGAAGGCCUUGGGAAUAGAAAAAGCUCCCACAAAAGGACGACCCAGAAGUCAUGGAGGCUUCGAGAUAAUGGAGGUCCAGUGCGAAUAA